UGCUGGGCAAAAGUUUGAUUAGUUAGGGAACAUAACUGAUAUAUUUCCAAGUUGACCUUGUUGGCUACAAAUUCAUGUGAGCAAAGAGCCAUCUAGUCCUCUGGAAACCUGUUGUCCUCGGUGGAUAUCAGAGCCAGGAGCAAGAUGGUAUCACACCAACCACUAGCUUGGUCAAACAGAGGGACCAAGUAUUCAUAUACUAUGUUAUAAUAUGAUGCAAACACCUUUAGAACAAUUGGACUCACUUUGAGAAUUAAAGGAAAAGAGAAUGAUUGGUUGUUAGAUAUUGAUAUGAAAACUAAGUCAAAUUGCAGAAAUUAUAGGUGUGUUUGUAUCUGAAUUCGGAGGUUUCUCUUUCUAUACUAACGAAGUACAUUAUUUAGUAGAUUCAACCAACGGCAACUCCGAGCUUCACUCACCAAGUCCGAGAUUACAGAUUUUUCAGAUUUUAUUUUCCAAACAAGUGGUGAAAUUUUUUAAAGAAUACAUGGACCUAACAAUAAAUAAAUGUUUCUAGGGUUUGCCCAGGUAUAUAUUUGAUGCUCAAGUUAAGUUGUUUGUCGUUUGCGCAGACAUUGUUUGAGCUGAUCAGGUUCUGUGAUCUUAGGUGUUCAACAAUUCCAUACUAACAAUGGCGGAUCCGGAGGUUGCUGCGGCUGGAAUCGUGAAAAAGAGGACGUUCAAAAAGUUUUCGUUCCGAGGAGUCGAUCUUGAUGCUCUUCUAGACAUGUCUACCGAUGAUCUUGUCAAGCUCUUCCCUGCCCGUAUUCGUAGAAGGUUCUCAAGAGGAUUGACGAGGAAACCUAUGGCUUUGAUCAAGAAACUGCGCAAAGCGAAAAUUGAAGCACCAGCUGGUGAGAAGCCAGAAGCAGUGAGAACCCACCUAAGGAACAUGGUCAUUGUCCCUGAAAUGAUUGGAAGCAUCAUCGGUGUGUACAACGGGAAGACUUUUAACCAAGUCGAGAUCAAACCGGAGAUGAUUGGACAUUACUUGGCUGAGUUCUCAAUCUCAUAUAAGCCGGUCAAGCACGGUAGGCCUGGUGUUGGUGCUACCAAUUCCUCCAGGUUUAUCCCUCUCAAGUGAAAGACCAAAGCUCUUAUCACAGAGUCGUCAGUCUUAUGCUCCAAGUUAUUAGUGUUUUUCGUUUCUUAUCCUUUCCAAGUUUUGUCUCUGCUUUUAUGUUCUCUCCUUAAGAUUUUGUUCAAACUCUUGUUCAGGCGUUUUAAUAAUACAGAGCACUUUUUAUUUUGAC